AUGGCAACCGCGACGAUUCCAGAGUUGGAAGCAUAUUAUUAUUCUCAUUAUUUAUUAAAAUGUACCCGAACAUAUUCGUUUUUCGAAACCGAACAAUUUCUAGAAAUUUCAUCUUAUGCAUUAUUUUUUCUGACCACUCCUAUAAAUUUUCUUGGAAUUUAUUGCAUUAUUUUUAAGACGCCAAAUGAAAUGUUACCUAUAAAAUGGUGUAUGUUAUAUUUGCAUUUACUUGCAACAUUCUCAAGUUUAUGCCUAACAGGAGUUAUGAUGCCGUAUGUUUUCAUUCCAGCAUGUGCUGGAUUCACUGUCGGAUUACUUCCAUAUCUUGGUGUAUCCACUCAACUUCAAGGAUACAUAGGAAUUGGUUGUUUAGGAAUGCUUGCUCUCUCACUACCAAUUUUGUUUGAAAAUAGACAAAGAUAUCUUGUUAAUAGCUUCAAAAUCACUCGACCCAUCUCGCGAAUAAUAUUUUACGGAUUCAAUGUACUAUUUGUACCAAUCUCGUUGUUCGGCGUAUUUGCAAUAUUUCCUGAACAACAAUCAGCUCGGCAGGCGAUUCUUCGUACCCUUCCCUGUCCUACAGAAACAUAUUUUACGCAUUCUGUUUUUGUAUUGAGUUUGAACCAUACUCCAAUCAUCACAUAUUUGUGUGCUUUAUCAAUAGUCGCCGUCGUGCAGAUUCUAUUUUUUGGUGGUCACUCGUUAACUUACCUGAAAACAGACGCAAGAAAAUUAUCUGUUGCCACGAGACAACUACAGAAACGAUUUUUCUUGGUUAUAUGUAUACAGUUGGUACUUCCAUGUAUUAUUUUGUUUAUCCCAGUAGUUUAUUUCAUAUAUUCCAUGCUCAGUGGUUAUUACAACCAAGCUUUGAAUAAUAUAAGUUUUGUCACCAUAACGUUGUAUGGUGCAACUGCAACAAUUACUAUGAUUUUUCUUCAUAAACCUUACAAAAAAUUUGUGUUCAGCUCAUUCCCAUCAUGUCAGUCGAGGACGAAUGUAGUGAAACCUCGGGAAUGGGUUCGUCGGAAUGCAGUCUCAGUUACAACACCUGUCUCAUUUUGA